AUAAUAAUUUUAGGUUGUAACAGUUUUCCCAAAGUGUUCAAUAGAUGGAAUAGUGAAUGCUAUUGAUAUAUUUGCUGAUGCUCAAGAAGGAGAUGUUCCAUCAAUAUCUAACAGUAUUAGUGAACCAGUCCAAGGGGCAUCAUGCCCAGCAAGAGAAGUAUCCAGUGAGCCAGAAACAGAAAGAAAAGCAUCAGUGUCUGAAAAAAUCAAGAAAAGACAGAAAAUGGAAGCUCAUUCACAUGGACUGCAUCCUGUGGUUCCUUCACGUUGAACGUUAUGCACAGAUUAUGCAGCUUCAUACAGGCCACAACAACAUGAGCACUUUUUGUAGGGUUGAAUGGAAGUACACCACCAGAUUUGUGUAGGCAUCUGUUAAAACAAAUUAUGCUUACAUAAAAAUGACCUUCUUAGUUAAUUAUGAAACAUUGUAAAAACUUAAAGAGACCAUCAACCACAAAUGACGAAAAAAUAAAAGUUGUAAAAUAACGAAAUUUUGCAAUUAUUAGUUUAAAUUGAUAAAAAUAUCACGACUGGUAUAUAAUUUAACAAAAGACGUGAGUGGGUACAUAAAUGUAUAACCUCGGCGCUUCACUGUACGCUAAUUGUAAAAGAUCGAUAGCCACAACACGGUAAAACGCGCGAUGGUAAAACAUAAAAUGUGUAUUUCUUGUGUUUAACUCGCUAUAAAUCCAUUAAUAACAACGGGAAUACACUAAAAGUUAUAUUUUUUUGAAAGAGGAAUUAAUAAGCAACAAGAUAACUUGUAAACCAAUAAAAUCGGAUGAAUAGUUUUUGCAUAAGAUUGAAUUUACUACAGUAAGGGUCAAAUACUCGAUUCAUCGCCGUGAUUAGUUCUAGUACUACGAUCGAAGAAAAUGAUUAAAUCGUGGUAUUUUUAUCAACUAUAACGAACCUUUGAGCAGAAAAUGUGGUGUUUACUAUUGAGCGAUAAGGGAAAUUAUUGAUUCACUCUCUGUUCUAAAAUAUGCUAGUCAGCGUUUGUGAGUACCUACCGCGCGUGCUCAAUUAUUGGAAAACCUGGACUGGAGAAUUCCGUAUAAUGACUAUUAUUGAAAAAUAUAUAUCGCUUAAAAACACAAAAUACUUAAACUCGCAAUUGUAAUAUUUUCAUUAAAAAAAACAACAGCAUGUAAAUAUCAUUGAGAGUUGGUAGAACCGCCACUCCAUAUGACGAUCUUUAUCUAUUUAACAUUGGAUUACCGGCAUUGUUCUCAAAGAUAAGAUGCCCGCAUUGAGUGGCAUGUUUAUGACACUUGUUCAGACUGAUAAUCAAAUACCCGUUGAGGGAGCACUGAAUUGUUGGUUAUUGACAAUUUAAAGCGUGUGUCAUUAAUUGAUUGUUGUCCAAGCACCACUUUGUGCGUUAGCUGUCAAGUUAAUCAAAGGAAUUUAACGCAGUAAAUAUGUUUAAUAAUGUCUUACGACUUUAAUUAAAUUAUUAUUUAUUAAAUAUGAAAUUGCAGUACAUAAAUAUGUACGUUGUAGUUUUUUCAUAGGUAAAUAAACAAAACACUGUUUAAAAAACAUUAAGAGUUUCGAAGUUCUAUAAUCAUUUAAACCAUAUCUGUUUAGCGAUACUAUAUUCCAUCACCCCUAAAGAAGUUUAUUUUGUUUUACCAAGUUGUUUCAUUUCACUGAUAUUGUUCUAAAACUUCUCAUUUGAUUAACUUUUUACCAUUAACUUUUUGUGUGAAUAUAACAGAUCACUUCGUUUAUUCGAGUAUACAUUAUACACAAUAAGGAUAUACAGCAAAUCACAAUUAUAAACUGAAUGAGUCGUAAUUAUUAUACAUUUAAUAAAUGUAUUUACAAUAAAGCAACACUAUUAUUUUUUUAAUAAAUCAGGAUCGCCAAAUGUUUUCACAUUUCGUUUUCUACGAAUAGUAAGCGCUAUAGCUACCAUAACUUACACCUGUUUUAUCACAAUUACAUUAUGAAGGAAUGAAAUACAUUGUUUAAUACUCAUGCUAUUAAAAUUAACGGUCAAUUGCCUCAAAUAUAUAUGUGUAUACCGGCUUUAUGACACGCUUAUAAAAGAUACUUGUAUCGAAUUUAUUGGAUUGUGCUUAUCAAGUCAAAAAAAAUCAUAAUCUAACUCUCAAUUAAUUUUGUUUGACUGCAUGCUGUUGUUUUUGUUUUUUGUCGAGUGCACCGGGAUUGUCUCCCAUAUGGCCAUCGCCCCCAGAAAGACGUGUUAGUUGGUUACGGGGGAUAGUGCAAGAUACAGGGGAUACCCCGUUCCAGGGGUGACCCUGGGUCUUUUAGUGCCCGGUGUAUAGCACCUAGUACACUGCA